UAUUGUUAGAUUUUGAGAAUAGAGAAUCACAGCCUCAUCUUCUUCCUUCACAACUCCGAAGCAAUAAUACAAGCCAUGGCAGCAGCUUACGCAACUCUAGUUUCUGCUAUGCAUAUCAUAAACAACCUUCAGCAUCAUCCUCGCCCUCCUAUUUCUCUCUCCAUUCAACAAGCUGAGUCUCUCACUCAAAAGAUUAAUUUCCUGCUCGAAUUUGUCGAGGGGUAUAACCCCCAUCGUGACUACUCCAAAGAAGCAGAUCCAUUGGAGUCUCGCAUUGCAGAUGCAGCUUAUGCGGCCGAAUACGCCAUUGAAUCUCAUAUUUUGGAUCAGUUCACAAAUAAUGGAGAAAAUAUGAGUUCUCAUGGCUUGUAUGAAUCUCUCGAGAAGGUGAUAGAAGACAUGGCUUCGAUCGAAGAGGAAGCCAAGCAAAUUCAAGGGAGAGGUGGACUCCAACAUCAGCUGCCUCCUGAUUCGUCGAGAUCUUCUUCGAUCCCGCAGCAGAGCAGUAUGGUGGGUGCUGAUGAUGUCAAGUUUCAAAUGAUGGAUAAGCUCACUUCUGAUAGCCUUCAUCUACAGAUCAUUCCCAUUGUAGGGAUGGGCGGCUCUGGUAAGACCACUCUUGCUAGAACUGCUUAUGAAGAUCGUCUAAUUAAGGAGCAUUUUGAUAUUUGUGCGUGGGCUACCAUCUCUCAAGAAUAUGUCAUUAAAGAAAUUUUUGCAGUAGUUCUUCGUCAGUUUAAUAUAGGAGUUGAUGACAAUUUGAAUGAGCAUGAAUUAGGAGAAAAGUUGUAUAGGCAUCUGUAUGGUAGAAGAUACUUGAUUAUAAUGGAUGAUAUGUGGAGCAUCGAUGCAUGGGAUAGAGUUAGGAAUUAUUUUCCUGAUAGUAAAAACCGUAGCAGAAUAGUGGUAACAACUAGGCUAUCUGCUUUGGCUUCUAAAUUACCUAACUCUGAUAGCCUUGGGAUGAAACUUUUGGAUGAGGCUGAAAGUUGGGAGCUUCUCUCCAAAACUGUGUUUGGGGAAGAAGGUUGCCCUCUUGAAUUGGAGGAAAUCGGAAAAAAGAUUGGAAAAAGCUGCAAAGGACUUCCAUUAUCAAUUGUUGUGGUGGGAGGCCUUUUGGCCAAGUCCAAACAUGAAAGAGAGUGUUGGGAAGAGAUAGGGGAAAACUUGAAUACAAGUGUUAAUUUAGAGGAUGAUGAACGUUGCUUGAAAAUACUAUACAUGAGUUACAAGCAAUUGCCAAUACAUUUGAAACCAUGUUUUCUCUAUAUGGGUGUUCUUCCCGAAGAUGAGGUGAUUUUUUUCUCAGACCUCAUCAAAUAUUGGGUUGCGGAGGGAUUUGUGAAAGCAGUAAGUGGGAAAAGCUUGGAAGAGAUAGCAAAAGAGUAUUUAAAAGACCUUAUUGCUAGAAAUCUUGUUUUAGGGGGGAGUAGAACGAACUGGUGCCAAAUUCAUGACUUGUUGAGAGACUUGUGCUUGAGAGAAGCUGAAAAAGAAAGGUUUUAUAAUACGGCAUCAGAUAAUGAUGUCAUAGGGGCCAUGCCACCUAUGUCAAAAGCUCGUUGUUUGACGUGGAAUGUUGGACGAAAGCUAUCACCUCUCAAUAUGAGCUUGUUGAGGAUACUGAAAACAACUGGAUACCUAUGGGUCGAAAAAGAUUUAUCUAGACACGUGGAUCAAUUAGUUAACUCACGGUUCCUUCAAAUAGGUCAAACUUACUUUGAAGCAAUAAUUGAGUGGAAUUUUUUAAGUUCAAUAUGGCGAUUUUGGAAUCUACAAACACUAAUUGUUGACGACUACCGUAUGCGUGAGGUUAUUACUGCGCCAACUGAUUUUUGGUACAUGCCUCACAUCAGGCAUGUUAAGUUCCGCAACGGUCUUCGUCUCCCAGAUCCUCCUAACGACCAAGAUGACAUUGUUUUGGGAAAUCUGCAAAGCCUGGGGAAAGUAUUUGGAUUCAAGUGUUGCAAACAAGUGGUAGAAAAAAUUCCCAAUAUAAAAGAAUUGGUUUUUGAGAAUGGGGGAGAGUACUAUGAUGAUAAGAUGUACUGCUUGAGCAAUCUUGAUUGUCUAACUAAACUUGAGUCCUUAAAUUGCUUUCUUUGUACAAGAAGUGCAAUCAACUUUCCCCAUUCACUCAAGAGAUUGGUUCUUCGUAACAACUACAACAACUCGAGUUAUGGUUGGGAAGACAUAUUGGAUAAGGUAGGUGUGUUGCCCCAUCUUCAGAAGCUCACACUCGAAUAUGGGAGUUUCAACGAAGGGAAGUGGGAAACAACUGAAGGCGAAUUCCGCAGCCUCAAAUUCUUGACUCUCAUGGAUACUGAUAAUCUAGAAAUCUUGAAAAUUGAAAGCUCCCACUUUCCAUGCCUUGAGCGCCUUCAACUUCUUCAACUAAACAAGUUGCGGGAAAUUCCUUCAGAUUUCGCAGAAAUAGCCACACUUAGAGAAAUUUGUGUGGAAUAUUGCAGCGAUUCUGUUGUGGUUUCUGCAAAAAGAAUAUCAGAGGAACACGAGGACUAUUACGGGGAAGAAGCCCUUCAAGUUCGCGUUUACCUCGGGAGUACUAACGAAGGACUGUCGGAGAGCUUGGAUAGUCCUAACUUUUGUGUUAAACGUCACUGAGAAUCACUACUUAAGGUAGUGUGUGGGGAAAGCGCACAGCACAGAAUGAAAUGAAUCCAUUGAUGCGAAUGCUCUGUUUCUCUUUAUGUUUUGGCUUCUUUCUUUUCAAUUCUUAUUCAUUGGCUAUUUCCACUUUUUCAUUGGCAGCAUAGCUGAAAUACAAGUGAGGGAUAGAGAGAAUUAUACGUCAUAAUAAAUAAAUAAAUGUUUUUAUGUACAAACAUAAAUAAAAAGGUUGUAAAAUUUUAACAAAAAGAGAGAGAAAAUAAAA